AUGCAAAGUAUAAUGAAUGCUCUUCGUUCUACAAAGCAAGCAUAUCAUUGGUUUGAAAACCAACAGACAAAAGAACUUUUAGAAGAAUUUCCUCAUAUGAUUGCUUCCCUCGGAAAACCGAGAGAAGAGAUUCCGUACGAAAAUCGUAAAAAUUUGCCAAUAAAUUUAAGAGGUUAUUAUGUUCAUAGACUUUUAGUAAAUGCAGUUGCAAUGUGGGCUUCUCCUCGUUAUGCAUGGCAUGUUUACAGACUUCUUGACGAAAUUCAUAGACAAGAACGUGGAGAGAUGGAAAAGAAACUUCAAGCAAAAGAUGAAGUCAUUGAAUCCAAAGACAAAAGCAUACAGAAAAGAAUACCACGUUCAGUACCAAAAGGAAAGGAAAAGAGUUAUAAGUAUAUGAUAUAUACUGAAGAGUUGGAGAAAGAAGAAGAUAAAGAUAUGGUUAUGUUGCAUUUAGUCAGAAGAAACAACAAAAGCUUUUAUGACCUUGCUAAGAUUUACAAAUCUGACAGAAACUGGUUCUAUCGUGAAAACUUACCGAUUUCAAUGACACCGAAUGAGCAAAUAAAGGAAAUUGUCAAAAAUACUCUUCCUCAAACACACUAUGACAUCAAAGGUUGCACAAUACUUACAUUCAAAGAAGACUUAACAUUACUGAAGGAAAAAAUAACAGAAUAUUUCGAUAACUUCAAAGAGGAAGAAUAA